UCUUUUUUUUGUUUCUCUUCCCCUUCGUUUUUCCUCUUCCUUCCUUUUUCCCCCCUUAUUCCGUCAUUUUUUUUUAUUUUUUUACUUCUUUCAUUUUCUCCUUUCCUUUCUUAUCUUUAAUAUUCCCAGUUCCAUCUUGAAAGAAAUGUCAGCUUCUCAAAGGUCCAUAGAAAGUGGUUACUUUUGGCUUGCAGCUUAUUUUGUAUUGAAUCUAUCUUUGACACUUUACAAUAAAGCCAUCUUGUUGGAUUUUAGAUAUCCUUGGAGUCUUACAGCUAUUCAUACUCUUUGUGGUUCCAUUGGUUGUUAUAUUCUUUAUAUCCUUGGUGUAUUUACUCCUGCAAAACUUAACGACAAUGAAAAUAUGGUUAUGUUGAUGUUCUCUGUCCUUUAUACUAUUAAUAUAGCUAUCAGUAAUGUAUCUUUGAGUUUGGUAUCAGUGGCUUUCCAUCAAGUGAUUCGGGCCAUGACACCAGUAUUUACAGUGAUUAUUUCGAUUGUAUUCCUUCAAAAGUCUUAUUCUAAAAUGAUUUAUCUAUCAUUACUUCCCGUGGUACUAGGUGUUGCAUUUGCUACUAUUGGUGAAUAUGAUUAUACUGUUAUUGGAUUCUUAUUAACUGUAUUAGGAACAGUACUUGCAGCUGUUAAAACCAUUGUUACCAAUCGAGUUCAAGUAGGACGAUUGAAACUUCAUCCAUUGGAUCUAUUACUUCGUAUGUCACCACUUGCCUUCGUUCAAUGUGUAUUUUACGCUUAUGUUACUGGAGAAUUGGAAAGAGUUAGGGAAUUCUCAUCUACCAACAUGACAUAUCAUCUUGCCUCUGGAUUAUUGAUCAAUGGUAUCUUAGCUUUUGCUCUCAAUAUUGUUAGUUUUACUGCCAACAAGAAAACAAGUGCUUUGACCAUGACAGUAGCAGGUAAUGUGAAGCAAGUGUUAUCUAUCAUUCUUGCUGUUAUUAUUUUCAAUUUGAAUAUCAAUAUGACAAACGCUUUUGGUAUUGCUUUAACAUUAUUUGGUGGUGCUUGGUAUGGGAACGUGGAAAUGUCAGAAAAGGCAAAAGCCAACGCUACUAUCUUACCUACUAGUCGGUCAACAACCUCCGAUCAACCAUCCAGUACCGAAAAAAUAUCAGAUCGACCUUAGUCUCUUGUAUACACAUCUUUAUAUACAUAUUAUAUAUAUAUUUAUCUUAUUAUUUUACCUCU